GUUUUCUUUCUUGCUUUGUGUAGGAGGGGUCGGUCGUCGUCGUCUCUUGUGCCAAAUCCCAGGCUAGCCGAGCUUAAUCCUUCGGUUCAGUCCAUUCCCGGAGAUCAGAGCCACCAGCGCACCCUCGUCCUGCGGAGUCAUGAAGGGGGAUCCGCAUCCUCGGCAUCUUUCCAGCGGAACGGAGCAUCCGUCCAGGUUGCAGAAGGACGAAGAGGAAGAGGAGGAGGAGGAGGAGGAGGAACCCUCGGGAACAGAGGAAGGGUCGCCCAAGUCUCCACUCUGGGUCUUCGGUUACGGUUCGCUGGUUUGGAGACCUGAUUUCGAAUUCACUUCCCGCAAAGUGGGCUAUAUCCGGGGCUACAGCCGCCGCUUCUGGCAAGGAGACACCUUCCACCGGGGUAACGAAAAAAUGCCUGGAAGAGUGGUCACCCUUCAGGAAGAUUACAAUGGGUGCACAUGGGGUGUUGGCUAUGAACUUCGCGGGCUUCAAAUUGCUGCUGUCCUUAAGUAUUUGAACAUGCGGGAAGCCGUGCUCGGAGGCUAUGACACCAAACUGGUGAAGUUUCACCCCCAGGAAGAAGAGGCCGAUGAACCUGUUCUAGCUCUUGUUUAUAUUGCAACCCCCCAGAAUCCCUCUUAUCUGGGGCCAGCACCUGAAGAGGAUAUUGCAGCUCAAAUCAUAGUCUCCAGUGGCCGUGCUGGCCACAACAUUGAGUACCUUCUGCGGCUGGCAGACUUCAUGCGCUACUGUUGCCCUCAAGUAGAAGAUGAACAUUUGUUCUCGAUUGAGGAAGCCCUGAUCUCUAUCCUGCCCUGUAUAUAUCCUGCUGAGGAGCCCUUGGUACAAUAAUGAAUUUGACAGUAUUCACCAAAAUGAAAUUGGAUGAACACUUUUUAACCAAGGACAGCAUGCAUGAAUACAUGAGCUGAUGCAACUGAAGUCAGGUUUAAAAACCUGUACAUGUAGACCUUGGGAGACAAAAGUAGUUGGAGGCACGGUAAUAUAACUACACUUUAAGUAGCACUGGAAUCCAGCCACAUUUCUAGUCUUGAGUAGAGAUUGGAGAGACCCAUUGCCAUUCUACUAGCUGCUGGUGAUACAAAGCUGGUUGAAAAAUACUUCCUAGUCUCAGUUGUAUACUCCAGAGAGAUUAAGUCCUACUAAAUUUAAUAGGGCUUUUACUUUAGAGUUCAUGCAAGUGGGGCUGCUGCUGUUUGCACUUUUAGCCAAAUUAACAGUGUUCUUUGAAUUGUUGAAGGGAACGGGGGAUGAAGAUAAAAUGUUUUUCUUUGCAUGUUUUCAUCCAAAGCAGGGCCAUGACUAUAAUGCUAUGAGCUUUGCUCUACCUCACAAGCUGAUGCUACACAUGUGAAGUUGUGAAGGUUUUCAAAAGUUCUUCCAGCCUUGGUCAUGGUAUCCUCACGUUUGCUCAUACGCUGGGCUUUUUUUAAGUGGAAAAUGAACUUGAUUUUAGACCAGGGGUCUCCAACCUUGGCUACUUUACGACUUCUGGACUUCAACUCCCAGAAUUCUUCAGACAGCGUUGAAGUCCACAAGUUGUAAAGUGGCCAAGGUUGGAGACCCCUGUUUUAGACUUUGGUGGGGCCAAACCUCCUUAGGCAGUUAGUGUACUACUUUUUUUACAACUUGAAAAUGUAUUUAUUGUAAUGAAGAUGUAUAUUUCAUGGAGAGAAAUGUCCAAAUGUCCUGCAGAGCGGGGCCGAUUGCUAGCUUGAAAGCUGGCAGGGGAUCUGGUUUUAGAUAUAUAUUUUUUCCUCUUAGAGGGGAGCUUCAUACCAGGGCAGCUGCUACUAGGUUACCUAUUUGAGACAGCUUUCGGUAAAUAGAACUGUUACACUACCUACACACAAUAUAGAUGCUUUUACAUUACAAUAAUCUUUUGUGUCAGUUUAUGUAACUGCAGGGUAUAUAUGUCUCUCGGAAUACCAUGCUCAAGUUUUGCCUGCAUUUCAAAUAAUGAAGUGGCCACUUAAUGUCUGGUUCUCUGAAAAAUCACAAGAAAUUAAAGUUUCUGAGAAUAUUAAAUGUGUUCAUGAAAAGAAAGAUCUGUGCUGAAUAUUGUAAUCUGAAAGACACGAUUCAAUAAAGCCGAUAAGACCAAUUGCUUUCUGAUGCAGCCUUUGGGAGAGACUUCACCCUGGAAUUUGUUAACAAAAUGGACAACUACUGUUAAAAGGAACUGUAUAUCUUUUAUCUAUAAAUAAAUGAG